AUCAUCUUUAAGUUUCCAAAGAUGACUCAGAUGAUGAAGAGUUAUUUCAUCACUCUGGCCAUUCUGUUUCUUUUGCGAGUGGAGGCAGGGGCAGAAGGAGUCUGCCAAUGUCCUCUUACGAUGCCUCCCUUGCAGGCUCUCUGUGAGUCAGAAGCUGUAAUCAAGUUAUAUGUCACUGGAAAGGAAGAGGUUGACAAUGGAGCAAUGAUCAAAUAUAACGUUCAUGCCUUCGAGGUGUACAAAGGCCCUGAUGGGAGAAUUGAUGCCGUCUACUCUCCCUUGGAGUGCACAGCUGAUUUGCAGACUAAUUUGGCAUUGUAUAUUAUCACAGGUAGUCUGGAAGCUGAUGGGACGGUGCACAUCACAUCCUGUAACUUCAUAAAGCGGUGGGAUGAGUUGAGUGACACUGAGCUGAACCUGCUUGAGAAAUAUCAGAACAGUUGUGGAUGAACAUUGAAGAUCCAUAUUGUUUCUGAAAUGGUCUCAAAUAAAAACUAAAAUCAAAAGGU